AUGGGCUCUGUCGGCGUCGCAUUUUAUGAGGGCUCUUUCUCUCUGCUGGAGGCAUAUAUUGUCCCGUUCGGCAAUGAAACCGCCAUGAUGGUACGUUUUGAAUGCCUGAUGAAUGACGGCCGCCUUGAUGGGGUUUCUUGUGUGUGCAGGAUGUGAUAGUGUACGCGACGGAUGAGGAGUGCGAGCCCUCGGUGUCCAUCAGCUUGGCAGGGUGUGCCAACCCGAUCUACCCUGGAAGUGGAUGGAUACCCUCCCCUCUAUCCUGCGCUUUUUGCCCUAUCGCUGGCGCUCGGCCCGGCCCAGAUAAAGGUGGGUCUCUCGGAAGGAACAGAAUGCAACACAAACAAAAGGCUGUUGUCUUCUGUCACAGGUGGGUUUGAGCAACCAGACAGAGGCCCAGACACACCCAGGUGAUGAGGGGGAAUCGGUGAAUGGCGCACCCAGCUGCAGUGCAGAUGGGGUGCCCUCUAUCGGCUGUCUGUCCAUCGGCUGUCUUGUCUGUGUCUUGUCUUUCCUGUGUCGCAAGUCAUAUCGCGUAAUGUGAUUCCCUUCCCUCCUCUCUCUCGUGAGGCCAUUCUUUGUGUAUGCUGUGGGAGUUAAGGGCGGUCAAUCUGUCCGUCCUGCCUGAGGAUUGCCUGUUUGAUGUAUGCGGCCUCCCUGCCUGUCUGCCAGUGUGCCUGCCUGUCUGGCAUGUACGUUUCUGUUUGUGCUGAUCUAGUGAGAAUGAGAAUGCGUGGGCCUCGACAGACUUGUUGCUGUCAUGGCUGAUUUGAUUGAGUGAGCGGAUGGCGUCAGUCAAUUGAGAAUCGACUGACUGCCUCUGAUAAUAAGACUCCCG